CGGGCUAGGGGUGGUUGCUAAAGCUUCAAGACUAUUAGGUUGGCCAGAAAGACAGAAGCAGCUUCAAGAGUAGCCACUUGGGGCACCUGGGUGUUGAGCGGGUGCCGAGCGUCUGCCUCGGCCUCAGGUGGUGGUAACACAAUUCUAUAGGAGGGAAGAGAGUGUCAAUAGGAUACCCUCCAGGUAUAGGGCUGGCUGCUCAUGCGCCCUAUUUCCAGGGUACAGGUUACAGUCUUUCUGAAAGGCCUCGAAGAACGCUCAGAAAACAAGUGUUCCCAGCCCAACUCUCAGUCGAUAAAUGCUUCGUACAAGGCCCAGGCGGUGUGGCCUGCCUGACAGCCGGUUUAGCACGGAGGGAAAUACGGGAAUUCUACGAUCUGCGGAGGAGUCAAAUACCCCAUCCCUCCUCCCUGAAGAAGCUUCCGGGCCAGCGGGGAGACCCACAGGCAGCCCGAAUCUACCCUAAUCCUGCGAAAGGGAGUCGAGAAUGGCCUUCUACAGACGGUACUACCGGACCACUAGAGGAGGAGCGGGAAGGGGAACGCGAGGGCAGCGGCCUCCCCGAUGGGCCGGAAGACCCUUCCGCCCCAAGUCAGGCAGCGCCCCCGGAGCGCGUCGAGGCCUCAGCCCGAUGCAAAGGGAAAGAAAACAGGAAGAAGGGAGGAACGGGGCGGGGGGGCGCAUUCCUCCUUCACUACGUGGCACGCGCAUAACCACUACGGAAGGCAGCACUGUAAGGCAUUUCCCAGCAAAAUACAUUCAGCAAACCCCGCAAGACGUUCCCGUAGGGCGACGGUCUCCGUAAACCACCUUCGCCGCUCCGCCUACGCGGCGCACGCCCCUCACUGCGCAGGCGCCAGGGAUGACCUCUGAGGCCUCCGAGCGAGAGCGCUAGUAGUUCCGGGUUCCCCAGCGCUCCGCUCUAGCCGCAAGCUUCCGUUUCUCCGCUGCUCUCGGUGGUAGGCUCCCUCCCGCGGGAGCGUGGAGCCGGGCCCGGGGGGCGGGCCUUCCGGGAGAGGGGCGCGUGGGAGAGGAAGGUCGCGAGGAGGGCCUCUUGCUGCUCAGGAAAUGUCUUCCCUUUCAGAAUAUGCCUUGCGCAUGACUCGUCUGAGCGCCCGGCUGUUCGGUGAAAUUGCCAGGCCUACUGACUCCAAAUCAAUGAAAGUGGUGAAACUGUUUAGUGAGCAGCCUUUGGCCAAGAGGAAGGAGACUUAUGACUGGUAUCCAAAUCACAACACUUAUUUUGCACUCAUGGGGACACUACGUUUCCUUGGCCUCUAUAGAGAUGAGCAUCAGGACUUUAAGGAUGAGCAGCUGCGUCUCAAGAAGCUUCGUGGCAAAGGAAAACCUAGGAAAGGAGAAGGGAAAAGAGCCACAAAAAAGAAAUAGUGCUGGUCCAUCAGAAGAGAAAAGUUCUUCCUCAGCAGCUGACCACAGAAGAAGGUGUAUUUAUCUUUCUACUUGCUGGAGGAGUGUGAGCUUCUGAGACUGAAGAGUAUUUGGAGGAACAUGAUCAUUUCUGUGUUGAAGUCCAAUUCAGUCGAGUUGUAACUGGUUCCUUGGACACUUUCUAAUUCUGCAAAGUUACUCUGGCUUUGGUUUUAUACUGUGAGGUUUACCUCUUUCUCUGGAGAAAUGAAUGCAUAGGUGGUUGAAGACAGACUCCUUUGGGGUGGGAAUGGAAGGUUGGGAUCAUGGGAGGAGACUCGUUAAAUGAGCAUUGUUUCAUCUCCCCAGGAUCCCAUUACACCAGCCCUUACCUCUGCCAUCCCUCUGGCCCUUCAACCACUGUCUCCACCACCAAGCUCACAAAGUUUCUGAACCGUCCACGUCUCCUUGGAGAGUAGAAUCUACUGAGCUAGAUUUGGGGGAAAGGCUGUACCUACUAAGAGAGUACUGAGUGUACACUACCUACUGUACAUAAGGUACUGGGGCCCUAGUAAUACCAUGGUUAGCAAGAGAAAACAGUCCCUACCUCAUGGAACUUUGAGGGUUGUGUGAAAGAUUAAUAUCAUUACAUAAAUAAAAUUGUUUAAAUGCUACAGAGGAUCCCUAGGUGGCUCAGCAGUUUAGCACCUGCCUUCGGCCCAGGGUGUCAUCCUGGAGUCCCAGGAUCAAGUCCCACAUCAGGCUCCCUGCAUGGAGCCUCUUCUCCCUCUGCCUGUGUCUCUGCCUCUCUCUCUCUCUCUCUCUCUCUCUCUCUAUCUAUCUAUCUAUCUAUCUAUCUCUAUCUCUCUGUCUCUCUGUCUCUCAUGAAUAAAUAAAUAAAUAAAAUCUUUAAAAAAAAUGCUACAAAGGAAAAAUCUAGACUUCUGUGAGAGCAUGGACCAAUCGAUGGCUCAAUCCAGAGAUAGCAAGAAGCCCAAACCUGGGAAGUUUAAGGAAGGCCUCCCUAAAGAGAUGGUGUUUAAGCUGAGCUUUUAAGGAUGAGUAAGACAAGAGGGGGUGCCUGCCUGGCUCAGUAGUAGAGCAUGUGACUCUUGAUCUCCAGGUUGUGAGUUCAAGCCCAACUUUGAGUAUAGGGCUUACACACACACACACAAAAUUACUGGAGUGCCUAGCUGGUCUAGUCAGAGGAGCAUACAACUCUUGGUCUCAGGGUUGAGUUCAAGCCCCAUACUGGGUAUAGAAAUUAAUAAUGGGGCAGCCCAGGUGGCUCAGCAGUUUAGCACCACCUUCAGUCCAGGGCCUGAUCCUGGAGACCCAGGAUCGAGUCCCAUGUCAGGCUUCCUGCAUGGAGCCUGCUUCUCCCUCUGCCUGUGUCUCUGCCUCCCUCUCUCUCUGUGCCUCUCAUGAAUAAAUAAAAUCUUUAAAAAGGAAAAAAAGACAUUAAAAAUCUUAAUUUUUAAAAAAUUUUAAAGAUAAAAAUGAUGGGAAAAGUGCACAAGAAAGCAUCCUGUUCAAGGAACUGAAACAGAGCACUGACUAUGGGUUUCACCCAGAAACAGCCCAGACCCUGAAGGAUUUUGCAAGUUCUUUUUUUUUUUUUUUAAAGAUUUUAUUUAUUCAUGAGAGAUAAAGGCAGAGACACAGGCAGAGAGAGAAGUAGGCUUCAUGCAGGGAGCCCAAUGUGGGACUCGAUCCUGGGACUCCAGGAUCAUGCCCUGGGCCAAAGGCAAACACUCAACUGCUGAGCUACCCAGGUGUCCCUCUUUUUUUUUUUUUUUUUUUUUUAAGAUUUUAUUAUUUGAGAGAAAGAGUGCAGUCAUGCACAUAAUGCAAGUGGCAAAAAGAGCUGAGGGAGAGGGACAAACAAUCUCUGUUCUGAGCACAUAGCCUGAUGGGCAUGAUGCAGGACUUGAUCCCAUGACCCUGAGAUCAUGACCUGAGCUGAUAUCAAGAGUUAGAUGCUGGGACGCCUGGGUGGCUCAGUGGAUGAGCAUCUGCUUUUGGCCUAGGGCGUGAUCCUGGAAACCCGGGAUCGAGUCCCAUGUCUGGCUCCCAGCAUGGAGCCUGCCUCUCCCUCUGCCUGUGUCUCUGCCUCUCUCUCGGUGUGUCUCUCAUGAAUAAAUAAAUAAAAUCUUAAAAAAAAAAAAGUUAGAUGCUAACUGACUAAGCCACCCAGGGCCCCUCAGGGCUUUGCAAGUUCUGUGAAAAAGCCUGGACUUAACCAACUUGGCCAGUGUGUGAGGUGUUACUCCUUUGAGAGAGACUUUUGUAUACACAAAAAUAGCUCCUCAAUUAACUGUAUUCUAACAGUUUCCAAUGAGGUUGUGAGGGCUUCUCUGAUUUGUUGUUGUUGUUUGUUUCAAGUUUCAAAGAUCUAGCCCUGUCUAGUACAUUUUUUAUUUUAAAGUACUUUUCUGUGAUGUGAUGAGCACUAGGUGUUAUGGUAUAUGUUGGCAAAUUGAACUUAAAAAAAAAUACUUUUCUGUUGUAAAAUUUACCAUUUUAAGCACUUUUAAGCAAAUAGUACAGUAGUGUUAACCACA